CCCAAACCAGCGGCAAGGGUUCGCGUUCCUACCGCUAUCUUACGUACUCUUCCUCACACUAAAAUCUCCAUUAAAGUCCGUCUUUGUUGACGCCGGGCUCCGAGGAAACAUCCACCGGGCGCACCAUGAAGCGCUCCGACCGAAGGGGACGACAUAUUAGGCGCUGAACAACGGCAGAUCACCGGCGCUCCUGGUGCCAUUAAUAAUUAUUGAGGCCCUGAGGAGAUUUUUUUUCUUCUUUUCCCUCGCCCCCCCUUCCUUCCUCCCCCUUCCUCUCCCCCGACUUUGCUCGACUCGCGUAACAAGAUUGCCAGUAGAUGAUGCGAAAACCACGGAGAAAGAUGAGAAAUAACUGUGGAGGCCGUCGUUCCCCAUCUCCCUAUGGACUUAAAUGUUCUCCAAGCAGAGAAACAUUGACGUAUGCUCAAGCACAACGAAUGGUUGAGGUAGACAUUGAUGGCAGACUGCACAGAAUUAGCAUAUUUGAUACCUUAAAGAUUAUCACUGAAGAUGACUUGACUGCUCAAGAAAUUACAGAAUGUAACAGUAAUAAAGAAAACAGUGAACAACCUCUCUUUCCUUCAAAGUCAAAAAGAACAGUUUGCAAAGACAAAAGGAAAGAGUCGGCCUCAAAGCAUUCAGCUGGGGCAUCUGCUGAAUUACCUCAACCUUCAUUUAGAGUUAUUGAUUACAAGCCCCCUGAUGCCCCUCCCCUACCAUCGGCAUAUUACAGAUAUAUUGAAAAAUCAGUGGAAGAACUGGAUGGUGAGGUUGAGUAUGAUAUGGAUGAGGAGGAUUAUGCAUGGCUAGAAAUGAUCAAUGAAAAGCGUAAGAGUGAUGUACUUGGCAUAGUAUCGCAAGAGAUAUUUGAGUGCCUCAUGGACAAACUGGAAAAGGAAUCCUACUUUGAAAGCCGGAAUAAAGGUGAUCCCCAGUCUCUAAUUGAUGAAGAUGCAGUUUGUUGCAUUUGUAUGGAUGGCGAAUGUCAGAAUAGCAAUGUGAUCUUAUUUUGUGAUAUCUGCAAUCUUGCUGUACAUCAGGAGUGUUACGGGGUACCAUAUAUUCCAGAGGGACAAUGGCUUUGCCGCUGCUGUCUGCAGUCUCCUUCUAGGCCUGUUGAUUGCGCUUUGUGUCCAAAUAAUGGUGGUGCGUUUAAACAGACAGACGAUGGCCGAUGGGCUCAUGUAGUCUGUGCUCUAUGGAUACCAGAAGUUUGCUUUGCUAAUACGGUGUUCCUGGAGCCAAUAGACAGCAUUGAGAACAUUCCUUCUGCUAGGUGGAAGUUAGUAUGUUAUAUUUGCAAACAAAAAGGUGCUGGUGCAUCUAUUCAGUGUCACAAGGCUAAUUGCUAUACAGCAUUCCAUGUGACCUGUGCUCAGCGGACUGGUUUAUACAUGAAGAUGGAACCGGUACGAGAAACUAGUGCCAAUGGGACAACUUUCAGCGUCCGAAAAACUGCGUAUUGUGAUGUUCACUCCCCGCCGGGGUCAGUGAAAAAGAUUCUUGCAUUGGACGAUAAUGAGGCCGAGGAAGACGGAGAGGACAAAGUAGAAGACGUUGAGGAUGGAGAGAGUCCAAAGAAAGUGUCACCUAAAAAGACCAAAGCUAAAUCUAAACAGAAAACUAAAAAAAUUAAAAAUCUUCUUGAGGAGCGACGUGCAGCAGUACCAGUGGUGACUGUGCCACAGAUACCUACUCACAGGUUAAAUAAGUUAUGCAGUCGGCUAUCUAUCCAGAGGAAAACCCAGUUUAUGCAAAGGCUGCAUAAUUACUGGAUGCUGAAAAGGCAGUCACGGAAUGGUGUUCCUUUACUUCGACGAUUGCAUUCACAUUUACAAACUCAAAGAAAUGCAGAACAGAAAGAACAGGAUGAAAAAAACAGUGCAGUAAAAGAACAGUUGAAAUACUGGCAGAAACUGCGACAUGAUUUAGAAAGAGCUCGUCUGCUUGUUGAACUGAUUCGCAAAAGAGAGAAGCUCAAGAGGGAAGAGGUCAAAGUUCAGCAAGUUGCAUUGGAACUGCAACUUACACCAUUUAUUGUCUUCUUAAGACAAAUUUUGGAUCAACUUCAGGAAAGGGAUCAAGCAAAUAUAUUUGCACAACCUGUAAGCCUCAAAGAGGUUCCAGAUUAUUUAGAGUUUAUUGCACAUCCUAUGGACUUUUCGACCAUGAGGAAAAAACUAGAAACUCACUGUUACAAAACCCUUGAUGAGUUUGAAAAAGAUUUCAACCUGGUCAUAAACAAUUGUAUGAAGUAUAAUGCCAAGGAAACCAUAUUCUAUCGGGCAGCUGUGAGAUUGAGAGACAUAGGAGGCUCCAUAUUAAGAUGUGCUCGUCGCCAAGCUGAAAAUAUUGGGUAUGACUAUGACACUGGAAUGCAUCUGCCAGAAUCACCAAAUCUGGCAAAUUUCUACCGCUUCUCCUGGGAGGAUGUGGAUAACAUACUGAUACCAGAAAACAGAGCCCAUCUAUCACUGGAAGACCAGCUGAAAGAAUUGCUAGAUAAAUUGGACAUAACAUGUACAAUGAAGUCGAGUGGAGCAAGAUCAAAGCGAGUACGAUUGCUGAGGAGAGAAAUUAACAGCAUCAGGCAUAAACUGGCACAACAACAGCAUCUGCAUAAUGGCAACUGUUCUGAAUUACCAAAGGAAGAUAACGAGAAACCACUGGUGGAAGGCCAUGAGGAAAGCACUGAAAGAGAGGAUUCUAAAUCUUCACUCCCACCAACAUUAGAACCUACCGGACCGGCACCUUCACCCUCAGACUCUGAAACCCACACAGAUCCUCCUACCCUCAAACCUGUGAGUGAGAGCAGGGCACAAAGCAGACUGCACAAACGGAUUAAAUCUGACAGUGAUGUUCUGAACAGAAAAACACUACAAAAUGAAGCCCUUGGCACUCAUACUCUGCAGCGCCUCCUCAGUGACAGUGGCGUAAAUGGCCUAGCUCUCCCUACCUCAGACACUUCGACACAGUCUGUCAAUGAAGUGGGCAGGCGCACAUCUGUUCUCUUUCGGAAGGCCAAAAAUGGUGUAAAGUUACAGAAGGGCUGUGGUCAGCUGAUGGAGAAUGGAGAUAGCCAGCACCAAACAGAACAAUUGGCACUGAAUACUUCGCCAGGGACACUUUCAAAAUUACAGAGUUUGCGUCAAUCAAGAAAACGACCCCAAAGUCUGAGCUGCAGUUCAGACAGUGAAAGUGAGAAAUCUCCUUGCAAUCCUGCAGAACUAGGGCUUUCUAAUGGUUUUGGAAAACACACUCAAUUGUCAAAUGCAGAAAGCUACUCGGAUUCUGAGUGUAGUUCCAGUCUUGGAAGCAAUGGGGCAUUUGAUAAUAACAGUGGCUUGUCUCCACCCAAACGUAGUCGAGGGAAACCAGCUCUUGCUCGAGCACAUUGUCUUGACAAUGGCAAUGGGGAUGCAACAUGUGGAGAUUACAGUACAUCAGGGAGAGGAGUAUGGACCCCCUUUGAGAAUGAUGCUAUUUUAGAACCUCUGGAACUAGUUUGGGCCAAAUGUAGAGGAUACCCUUCUUAUCCAGCACUAAUCAUAGAUCCAAAUAUGCCUCGAGAUGGCUUGUAUCACAAUGGUGUCCCGAUACCUGUACCUCCACUGGAUGUAGUAAAACUAGGAGAACAAAUGCAUGCUGAAGCUGGAGAGAAACUUUAUCUGGUUCUGUUUUUUGACAACAAAAGAACAUGGCAAUGGCUUCCUCGUUCAAAGUUACUUGCUCUUGGUAUUGAUGACACAGUGGACAAAUUGAAAAUGAUGGAAGGACGUAAAUCAAGCAUCCGAAAAUCUGUUCAAAUUGCUUAUGAUCGAGCAAUGAUCCAUUUGAGCAGAGUACGUGGAGAACAUGGCUUUCUCACCUCAAACUACAUGUGACUGUGAUAAAACAUAACCAAAGUUGCGAAAGGAGAUUGUAUGAUGUGACAUCAGGCAUCAAAGACCUUAAUUUCUGCUCAUUGUAAAAACUAAAUACACUUUCUUUAUUUUUUCAUACUUUUAAGCAGAUCGACACAAAGCCUCCGGCACUGCCAAUUCUUAUAUGACCUUUCUUUGACUUGUUCUCGUCAUGUUUACUUCAUUUAAACAUAAAUCAUGCUUUAAAUUUACAAAUACAAAUCCUGUUCAUAGUGUUUAUAAUGCCUUUUGUGUGGACGCCAAGGGGAAGAGAAAACAUGUAUAUAAUUGUAUUAUAUUGUUAUACACUAAAUUAUUCAAGGCUGCAGAUCAGAAUCUUUAGCUUCUCUGUGAUGGUAAUGGGUUUUGUACGCACACUGUAAUUUAUUUGAGAAACAAUACCAUUUGACGUUUGAAAGUAUUUGUUCUGUUACAAUGCAGUGGACUUGUGACCUGUGUAUACUGUGUAGUACAACUUUAAAACAUUUUUUUAUUGCAUUUUGAUUUUGGUUCUUAAUGUAUUCGGGCUAUUAUAUCAAUGACGUUGACAUACCUAGGGACCUAAAAUUAGCUGCGUGUCCACUGUGAAACACAGGAUGUUCAUGUUGUAUUUAUUGUAGAAAGUAAGAUUAUUUGCUUUCUAGUACUGUUUAUAAGAGCUGUAAUGGUUGAGAAAAAAUGAGAAUUGACACUUGCAAAACUGUACUUUUACCUCUGAUCUAUUACAAUCCAACUGUCUGAGGCUAUAUUUUCUCUUGAGAAUUAAAUGUGGUGAUCUAG